AUGCCGCACAGAGGAAUUGAUGACGUUCAUGCUGCUCUUUCCAACGCUCUCUUCCUGCAACGUGGUGGCGGGCCUCUUGCGGGCUGUAAGGCAGACGUCAAGAAGUGCUUUGACUCUGCGGACCCCAAGCUGGCAGUGCAGUGCAUGCGACGUUUAGGGGCUCCUGAGAACGUGCUCACUGUCAUCGAGCGCUUUUACCAGCUUCACGAGCGCUGGCUCAUGGUGGAGGGGGCCUGUGCCAGGCACCCUGUGGUGGAGGCUGCGGCUUUGCUGCAAGGAUGCCCGUUUUCUCCUCUUUGCCUCAACAGUAUGAUGACAGUGUGGCUGGCGGCGGUGAAGAAAGCUGAUACAGGCUGUACUUUGUCGGUUUUUCUUGACGACAGGGCCAUCUGGGUGCGAAAGCGCCGUGGUGCGGCCAGAGCUGUGCGGGCGGCAAUGGUGGCGGGAAGGGAAGCAGACCAGGCUUUAGGCUUCGAGCUGCAUCCGGCUAAGUUGGAGAGCUUUGGCACUUCACAGCCUGUGAGAGAAGAUUUGUUGGCUGCAGCUGACGAGGUGGGCAUUCCGCAGCAGACGUUUCGGCUUUUGGGUCUUCCUUACAACACCACGGCGGCCUCUCCGAUCGCUGCUGGCACCGUUGGCAAGGUUCUUAAAGCGAGGUGCAAGCGCAUCCAACUGUGCGGGCAAUCCAGGAGUCUUCGUUGCGCGCUUCUUCGGCUUCUGGUAGUUCCUCUUUUCCGUUGGGCCGCGCCUUGGCUUCGACAGUACAAGAAGGACGUACAGGCAUGGACUGGUGCCAUCGAGCGAGCGGCCUGGGGCGGCAGCAUACCCAGAGGCCGUUCGCCUGCUCUGGCUUGGGCAGCUGUGCUGGGGCUUGAGCUCUACCCGGCUUUCGUCAACGCGGAGACUGCAGUCCUACGUGAACACCGCAGACUACAGCUUGGGCGGCAUCCGCGCGAGGCUCCUCAGACCAAGGCUGCUUUGAGGUACUUUGGCUGGACUCGUGACGACGCAGGUGUUUGGCACACUCGCCAUGGCUCCUUUCAGGCGGGCGACGUCGGUGCUCCUGCCCUGCGACGGCUCAUGCGUCAGGACGGUGCGCGCAAGCUCUUCUUGCAAGACAACAAGGCCAAGCAGGCUGGUGGCUUUGACGGCGACUUUGACUUGAACUACCAAGUCAAAACGCGUGACGUGGCCCAAACCUACCCGCUGCGCGUCAUGGUUGGUGCAGCUUCUGACGCGAGGAGCUUGACGCCUAAAGACGGGAACGUGCAGGACUUGGUUUGCACUUGUGGCUUUGCAGGCCCUACCAGGACGCACUUGACCUUUGACUGUCCUCGAGCUACGUGGAGCUCUGCGCGGCGGACUUUGCUGGAGCGGCGGUUCUUGGCGGCGCUUCGCCCUCUACCUCCCCGGCGCCCGCUUGCGGACUACAGCGUGCAGGUCGGUGAGGUGGCAGAGUACUUGAGCGAGCUUGACAGCGACCUCUUCCACUACGUGGCAACUGACGGUGGUUGCCUCCUUGCGAGAAAGGCGGAGGGUUUUCAGCAGGCUUCCUGGGCCAUCGCUUUUGCAGACAAAUCCUUUGGAGGCCUUGUUGAAGGACCGGACCAGACGGCGGCGGAAGGUGAGCGCGUUGCAGUUUUCAUACUGGCUGAAGCGCUCCUUCUUCACGGACGGUGGCUGCGACUUCUCGUGGACAACCAAGCUGUCGCUGGCAGGUUGCUUGGCGGUGAGGCCGCGUGCGAAAAUGGUGACCCUUGGAGGCCGUGGAAGCGUGUGGCAAAGGCGGUGCGUUGGCUGCAAGUGGCAUGGGUUCCGGCUCACAACAAGCAGGCCUCUUGGACGCCUCCCUCAGGCUGGAUUGAUGCCGACGCUUGUCAAGCUCUUAAUAGGCGGGCAGACGCUGCUGCUGGCUCGGCUCUGCAGCCUUGCAGUCAAGCAGUGGCUCACGCGGCUCGUGCCGCUGACGAGAGGUUUGAGUGGGCGCGGGAUGCUGUGGCAGCUCAGCGAGCAGCUACGCAGGACUGGCAUGAUCGCUUCGUCAACAUGAUCAGGCAGCAGCGGCGUCAAUCGGCGUGA